CCACCAGUCAUAAGGAGACAGGCAUUCCGACCACCCAAAACCCUCCUGUGUAGAGAACACCUUUUAAAAGCCCACUCGUUGAGGUAGGCCUAUCGUGGCCUAUGCCCUUUUGUGAUUGUGAUGGAACAGUCUAGGCGUUUGCUGAUGGUGUUGGUGAUUGUGAACCUUAAUUACCUUUGCAAACUUAGAGUGCAGUCUCAUGGUACCGGAGAUGAGCAGUUUUACAAGAGUGAAAACGCAACUUUUAAUUGCAGCCUCGACGACCCAGCUCUGAAGGUCAAUCAUGCAGAUCAGGACCUGCAAUUGAGGAAAGGGGGCGUGGUCAUCCAUUGCUUGCCAGGGUACGCCUCUCCCUUUGGUGGACCGGACAUACCCGUAGCUUGCCAGGGGAACACUUGGGAGUCCUUUCCCUGGGAGGACCCUGCUCACCCUGCCUGCGUCCCUGUGUGUCCGGAAGGGUGCGGCCAGGGGCUUUGCGUUGCCCCUGGGGAGUGCGAGUGCUUCGGGAGGAGCUGUGAGGAGGUGACAGCCAGCUGCAACCUCUCGUCUUUUAACCCGCGGAAUAGUGUGCUUUCGAAGGACAGGAAUAACGAAAUCGUCCUGGUCUGUAAAGAAGGAUUUGAGCUCACUACCAACACAUCCUCGACGCCGCUGCUCUGCCACCAGGCCCAGUGGCUCUACGCAGGCGUUGGCAGAGGAGAAGGAAUCUUCUGCUUGCCCGUGACAACACCUCCCUGUCAAAAUGGUGGAAGAGCCGUGGAGGGAAAUAUGUGUGUUUGUGACAACGGCUUUGCUGGACCGAGGUGUCAGUACAGGAAGUGUGACCGAGAUCCUCCCAAGGUCAAAUUUGCAUAUUAUGAGGACGUGAAAACCGACAUCUUAGUCAAUGCCAGCAGCGAGAACCGUGACAACCGGACUGCCAGUGAUGUCAGAGACCCCAACAGCCGUGCCAGUGACAACACCAACCCAAUCCUUGACAACAUCUCUGGCAACCCGAAAGGCAGGAGUAAAAGAAACAUCGAUAAGAAACAUCACGAUGAAGCAGGAGUACUGAAUGAAAGCAGAGUUUAUGUCUUUAGUAAGGAUAAGGAUCCCAGUGCCGCCGAGAGUGUGGUAUAUGAUAUCGAUGUUAUUGGCGUAGAUAGUGUUGGUAAUAUUACUGCUCCUGACGAGAGAAAUAUUGAUGUCACAACGGAACCUGUCACCACUAGUACUGAAAAUACUAGUAGUUUUUAUGACAGUGAUGUCAAUAGUGACAUAUAUGACACUGCCAACAUUACCGAUGACAACAUCACUGAUAUUGUAACCAGGUCUGAGGAUGUUAUUGACACCGAGGAGAAAAUUUAUGAUUUCGGAAUUGGCAUUCCUGACAGCACCACUGACAACACAUCCAUGAUUGAAAGCAACGCUACUGAGAGCGGAGAUAAAACGCCAGUCACAACAUUUACGAAAGCUGGCAUUCCUGACAACACCACUGACAACACAUCCAUGAUUGAAAGCAACGCUACUGAGAGCGGAGAUAAAACGCCAGUCACAACAUUUACGAAAGCUGGCAUUCCUGACAACACCACUGACAACACAUCCAUGAUUGAAAGCAACGCUACUGAGAGCGGAGAUAAAACGCCAGUCACAACAUUUACGAAAGCUGGCAUUCCUGACAACACCACUGACAACACAUCCAUGAUUGAAAGCAACGCUACUGAGACCGGAGAUAAAACGCCAGUCACAACAUUUACGAAAGCUGGCAUUCCUGACAACAUAACUGAUAACACCGAAGGCGAUUAUUUGACCCUUGACACCGAAGUCAUCCCUGAAAGAAGGUCUGCUGACACCACGGGAACUUUUGACACCCGAGUCCAAAUCCCUGACCACAGUACCACGGAGACCACACCCCCUCGUGCGGGAGGAGCCACCACCGAGAUAAUGGCUGACAACGAAGCAGAGGAAGAAAGAAGGAAAAGAGUCGUGUCCUUGAAGUACCUUGUGUGUGCUCCAGGAUACAAGGUAAAGGGCACUGGCACCGCACGCCUCCUUGUCAUGUGCCAAGACGGAGAGUGGCGCUUCUCUAACACUUCCUUGUCUUUCGAGGGGAUUUCUUGCGUUCCUGUGUGCGCUCGGAACCUGUAUUUCGCCGGACACCUGCGCGUGCAAGGAAGGUCACGUCGGCAAGCGUUGCGAGAAAGCUGUGUGUGA